AUGUCCCAAGACGACGAUGGCUUCACUACGAUUGAAUCCAAAUUCAAGUACAUGUCCCUCUCAGGCAACAAGAACAAGCGAAAAAAGAAGCGUGGCCAUGUCUUUCAGGAUCCCGAUCACUAUACAUUGGCAGAUUUGAAGAGUGUGCUUUCGAAACGGCGAGAAACAUUGACCGAGAGUCGAUUCUAUAAAGAGUUGUUAGACACCUUUCAUGCAAGUCUGAUACCGACUCGUCCGCACGACAUGGUAUGCUAUGGUAUUGGCUCCAUCCAACAUUCAAAGAAUGCACAAUUCCAAUUUGUACUGGCGCUACUCAUCCGUGAUUUACUCAAAAUCCCUGGUCAAGUGAGCAUCUUUGAUCCCGUAAUGACUGAUCUCGAUAAGGAGUUAUGCAAGGAACACGAUAUAUACGUUAUCGACACAAACGAGGAUGGAAAGCGUGGUGUACAAAAGCCAACUUUAUUCUACAUGCCGCAUUGUGGACGUGGUCUCUAUAGCAACACAUUGAGCGCCAACUGGAACAAGGAUAAGCUAGGCAAUGUUAUCAUCAUUGGGAACCGGUUUGACAUGUAUGUUGGAAGCCAACUAGAAAGAGAUCUUAAGCGUGAAUGCCCAUUCUUGAUACCUGCUGUGGAUAUUGUCGAUUGCGUUACGUUUCCAAAGGAGUUUGAUGACAACAAGGUGUUCAAUGACCUCUCGAUUCAGACAUUUCCUCGGCAAAAGUUGGAUGAGACUACUAGAAAGUUUUGGGAUGAUGUAUCUAUAGAAAGUGUACCACAAGAUAAAGACGUGUUAUAG